AUGCGGCGGGAGGCGCUGGGGAGGGCGCUGGAGAGGGCGGGGCGGGAGGGGCGCGUGGGGUGGGCAGAGGCGCAGUGGCUGGUGGAGGGUAUGAUGAACAAGGGGGAUGGCAUUCGCGCUUACAGGAUCCUCCAGUGGGCGCAGCAGCAGCCAUUCUACUCGCCCUCCCCAGCGCUCCUCUCCUCACUCCUCCUCCUCCUAGCGCGCACGCACCGCAUUCCACCCAUGCUCGCCCUUCUCGACCACUGCCUCUCCCUCCACCCCCACGCACCGCCAGAGGCACAGGGCAGUGUAGGGCCCUCUUCCCAGGCGCUCGUGCCUUGUGUGUCCUCUGAGUCGACUGAAACGGCACCUCUCCACCACACAGCAGUGCCGAUGGGGUCGGCUGUGCCGGCGGGGCCAGUGGGACCGGUGGGACCGGUGGGUCCGGUGGGGUCGGCUGUGUCGGCGGGGCCGGUGGGGCCAGUGGGACCGGUGGGGCCGGUGGGUUCGGUGGGGUCGGCUGUGCCGCUGCGCGUGGUGCAGACAUGCAUGGGCGCGCUGCUGAAGUCGGCGCAUGAUGAGAUGGAGCGCGUGUGGGAGCUGUAUGGCAUGGGGGAGAGAGAGGGGGGCAGGGGCAGCACACCCGACUGGCUUGUCAAUCAGAUGUUCGAGCCCCAAGUGGCGAGGGCGCCACAUGCACAAGGCAGAGGCGCUUCUGAAAGAGAUGAGGGAGAAGAGGGAAGCAAAAAACCAUUUUCACCACUUUCUACCACUUGCCACCGUUUCCUCCAGGCCUUUUCCAGCCCCAAGUGGCGAGGCCGCCACAUGCACAAGGCAGAAUCACUCCUAAGAGAGACGAGGGAGAGGAGGGGGGAAGGGAAGAAUCAGCAGCGCAGCUCGGCCCCUCUGCUGCACAUGUACGCGUCUCUGGUGCGGCAUCAUGCCAGGGAGGGCCACGUCAGCAAGGUGGUAACCCUGUUACAGCAGAUGCGGGACGACCUGGCGGCAUCGGGACGAACGGUGCCGCCCCAGGCAGUCGAAGCGGUGGUGUUUGCAUGCACCCGGGCGGUGUAUCUGAGCAAAAAGAGGAAAGAGAAAGGGGGAGUGGUGGGGUCGCAGAGAGAUAUGGGUAGAGGAGGUGGAGGUUACAGCAGAGGAGGCACAGGGGGAGGAGAGGAGGAAGGGGAGUUGGCCGCUGCAGCACUGGCUGAUCAUGUGUCUGCUGCCAUGAGGGAAUUACACGAGGCUGUGAGGGCUCGAGGAGGGGAAGGAAAGGGGGAUCGAGACAGGAAGAGAGAGGAGGAGGGUGGAGAGAAGGGAUAUGAGGUGGGUGAGACGGUGUGGGCGGCAUAUAUGGAAACUCUGAACCAUGCAGGGCGGUAUGAAGCGAGCAUUGCUGCAUGGCCGCAUGUCAUGGCGAUCAAGAGAGUGGCGGCAGAGUGGCAGGAAAGAGAGGAGGAUGAUCUGAUGGGCGAUGCGAGCAGAGGGAGGGUGGGCGAGUGGGAGCGUGCAGCGCGGGGCAUGCGUAUGGGAAGCAGAGAAGCAGCAGCUGCAGCAGAUGCAUACGGAGGGGAGAGUCUUUGUCUUCCCGGGCUGCGCGCGUGCAAUGCGUAUCUUGCAGCACUGGCAGGAGCAGCGGUGGCGAGCGGGGUAAUGGGGAGCAGAAGGGAGGCGGAGAGGUGGGGGGAGGAGGCGGAGGGGUUUUUUAGGGCCAUGCUGCGGGCGGAGAGAGGGCCGCUCACUGUUGCUGUGAACGCGCUGCUGCACAUGUACCUCCACCAGUCACGCCUCAACGACCUGGAGAGGCGGUUCCAAGGGAUGAAGGAGGUGCGUCGCAUCUUGGGUUGGUAUAUUUUGGUUCACUCUGCUGGUCCCCAUGUACCUCCACCAGUCACGCCUCAACGACCUGGAGAGGCGGUUCCAAGGGAUGAAGGAGGUGCGUCGCAUCUUGGGUGCGGGCGGUGCCUUCUUGACCGCACCUGCUACCACUCUUGCUCCUCGGAGGACGAUCGAACGUCCACAGGAGCACACGUCCGGUCCUCCUCUCCCUGCUCAUCCCACACCUGUCUCAUCCUUCCUUGGUUGAUUUUCGUGCCUAACUCGCAGGUGGGGUGCCUCCCUGACCUACCUGACUGCACAUGGCAUGGCAGCGCCCAAGCCCCCGCUCCCCGCUCACCCCACGCGUGUUCCCUCCUUCCGUCUCUCAACCCCGUGCUUCUCCCGCAGGUGGGGUGCCUUCCUGAUCGCACAUCCUACCACCUGCGACUGGCAGCGCACACCAAAGCCGGCAAUCUAGGCAUGGCGAAGAAAAUCUUCCUCGAAAUGAACUCCAACCAGGACGUAGGCGUUGACGCUCACACCUACAACCUCAUCAUAGCUGCAUGCGGCGCAGCAGGCGACACCAGAACGGUCCGUUCACUGUAUCUGGACAUGGUUGGGAAUCGGAAGGACCGGGGGCGGAAACCCGGUAUGGUGCUGGUGGGACCAGCGAGGGAAGCGGCGGAAGCUGUGGUGGGGAAGUUGAGGGUUGAGAGGGAUGAGACGCGGAGCAUGAAGCUGAGUAAGGAGCAGCGGCAGGUGUUGGCAGGGGUGCUGCUGGGUGGCGCGAGGAUCGCGGCCCAGGACAACGAACGGACGUAUGAGAUUCAUUUCGAGCAGCCGUUGGAUAAUCCUGGCCGUGUAGAUCUGCUGGAGGGGCUGUACAGGGCGUUUGGGUCGUGGGCGAGUGCGCCGCCCAGAAACAUGCUGCUGCUCAUGCCGCCCGCCCCAGACGCUCCUCCCGAUGCUGCCGCAGCAGCCGCCGCCGCUGCUAAUGCCGCUGCCGCAUCUGUUUCUGUUUCUGCUGCUGCUGCUGCUGCUGCUGCUGCUGCUGCCGCGACUGCAACUGCUGCAGCUUCUUCCUCUGCCCCACCCGCUGACGUCUUAGCAGCGGCGGGGGUUCGUCCCAUCCGCGUGCGUCACUUUGCCACCAUCCCCCACACGGCCCUCCGGUACCACGCACAGCGCUACCACCCGCAGGGCCCGCGGGUCAUUCCGAAGUUCAUACAGCGCUGGCUCACCCCUAAGACGCUCGCGCACUGGUACAUGUACAGUGGGCGGCGGUGUGAGGAGACUGGGGGGAUGAUUCUGCAUGCAAAGCAGUACUCGAGUCGAGAUUUGAGGAGGAUUGCGCGGGCGCUGUGCGUGUCGGUGCGGGAUUGUAGCGUGAAGAUGAGGUAUAGGCGGCCGGGGCAGAGGGUGUUGGAGAAAGGAGGGAGGAAGGCGGGGAAGAGGACGAGGAAGGUGGCGAGGAGUGGGGAGGCGGAGGAGGAGGGUGGAGGAGGGAGUGAUAGGUUGAGGUGGAAAGCGCAGAUGGGGAGGGUGGCGUUGGAGAGUCCGUGGGAUGCGCCGAACCUGAUUCGGUUCGGCGGAUCCACGGCGACGAGGAUGUGGAAGUUCAUGGAGGCGCAUGUGCUGCCAAGCCUGCGGGAUGAGCUUCGGCCAGGCGUAAGGAUGAGGGUCGGGGGAGGUGGUUUGGAGGGAGGUGGUUUGCUUUCAGAGAGUGGGGAUGACAGGGGAAGAGACGAGGAUGAGGAGGAGGAAGAAGAGGAGGAUGAGGAGGAUGAGGAGGAUGAGGAUGGGGAUGAGGAGGACGAGGAGGGGGAUGACGAUGAUGAGAAUUGGGACGACGGGGAGGAUGAGAUGGAAGACGAGGAGUGGGAAGAAGGGGAAGAAGCGGAGCAUGGCAGGGAGGAGGAGGACAGUGUGAGGCGUCGCUUCAGCCCACGAGGAGAUGAGAGGGUGCAUUGGGAAGGGCAGCAACGGUUCAAAGUGGAGGAUGAUGAUGAUGCUGGAGAAGGGCCGAGCGAUGAGAGAGAAGAGCGAGACAUUGGCAGGGCAGGGCUUGUGCAGCAAGAGGAGCAAGAGGCGCGAGAGGGACAAGAGGAAGUGGGCAAGUUUGAGAGGAGAUUCAGUCGGGGCCGGUUUAGGGAGAGGGAGAGGGAGAAGGACACACGGGAGGAGAUUGGGCUGAACAAGUGGAUGCCUCUGGAGCUGGCGCUGUACAUGGAGAAGGUGCAGACCCCCGUGUUCAAGAAGAAACCCAAGAAGCGAUGA